AUGUUUUUCAAACGGCUCACUCUCUCGACUCUCCUUUCGCUUGCUUCUAUACGAGUGGCUCGUGGCAACAACUUUUCAGUUACUGUAGGUGGUCCUGGCGUUCUGAAGUUCGAUCCCGAGUUCGUGACAGCGAACCCUGGGGACCAGGUUUUUUUCUCAUUCAGACAGGAGAAUCACACUGUCUCCGAAUCUUCCUUCGACAGUCCAUGUUCGCUCGCAGAAGGUGGAUUUGACUCUGGCUUUGUUCCUGUGGCAGACAACAACACGGCGGGACCAUUCCCCGAGGCUGAGUACACCGUACAAGAUACUAAUCCGGUCUGGAUCUUCUGUCGGCAGGCGAACCACUGUCAGCAAGGCAUGGUCUUUGCCAUCAACCCUGGAAAUCAGUCACAGUUCGACGCGUUCCAGGCGGGCGCCAACGGCUCGGCUGUUAAUGCUUCGGUUUCCUCCUCUGCCUCACCAUCGGCUUCUUCGUCGGCUUCAGCAUCGGGUGUUAGUUCUGCACAGGGAUCAUCGUCGUCCGUUGCCUCUUCUGGUUCUGCUUCGCCCAGCGUCGUGACCGUAACCGCAACCGUGACUGUGCCUCCUUCAGCGACGUCCUCUUCGGCAAGCAGCUCCGCCUCCCCUGCGUCCGCGACCUCCGCGGACCACACUGUCGUCGUCGGUGGCACGAACCGACUGUUCUUCAACCCAUCGAACAUCACUGCGGAUGCCGGCGACACAGUCACUUUUCGGUUCAUGCAAACGAACCACAGCGUCACGCAGAGCAGCCUCGCAAGCCCAUGUGUCAGCCUUACGGAGUCGAGCACGAACGGGGAGGUUGGAUUUGACUCAGGAUUCAUGCCGGUGAGCGACAACACCACCGCCUACCCAACAUUCACUAUCCAGAUCAACAACACCGCACCCAUAUGGGCGUUCUGCAAACAGACGAACCCUAUGAGCCACUGCGGCGCGGGCAUGGUGUUCUCCGUCAACGCGGACGCGUCCGGUUCAGACGACUUUGACGCGUUCCAGACGAAAGCCAUCCAGCUCAAUGGGACGCAGGCUGCUGCGAAGAAUAGCGCGGAGGGUGUGCUGACGGUGGGCCGCGGCGCUGGCGCUGUAGCCGUUUUGCUUGGGAUUUUGGCAGGGAUAUUCUUGUGA